AUAGAUUGUUCGAGAGCGCAUGCGAUCAUUAGGUUGACAAGAGCAGAAGACAAUACACAAAUUUUGAGUUUGUUUUGGUGUCAUACACGACGAAUACAUGCGAGGAUCACAAAAUCUGUGCUGGUAUACAUCUCGAAAAAUAUGAAGAGGAGAAAUGCUGAUUGUGGCAAGCUACGACGCCUUCCAAAGCGAAGCAAAAUAACGGAAGGUUUCUACGGAAGCACUUUUCUGUACCUGAAGUUUCUAAUGGUUUGGGCCCUUGUGCUGAUGGCAGAUUUCAUAUUGGAAUUUCGCUUCGAGUACCUGUGGCCAUUUUGGCUUCUAGUCAGGAGUGUGUAUGAUUCAUUCAAAUACCAAGGAUUGGCUUUUUCAGUGUUCUUUGUGUGUAUCGCAGUAACAUCAGAUGUCAUUUGCUACCUCUUUAUACCAGUGCAAUGGCUGUUCUUUGCCGCUAGUACAUAUGUCUGGGUACAAUAUGUUUGGCAUACAGAAAGAGGCAUUUGUCUUCCUACAGUGUCACUAUGGUUGCUGUUUGUAUACAUAGAGGCUUCAAUCAGACUGAGGGAGUUCAAAAGUUUACCAUUUAAUUUAGAUCUCUGUAGACCAUUUGCUGCUCAUUGUAUUGGUUAUCCAGUUGUCACUUUAGGUUUUGGUUUCAAAAGUUACAUAUCUUACAAGAUGAGAUUGAGAAAACAGAAAGAAGUACAGAGACAGAAUGACUUUUAUAUAAAUUUAAUACAGAAAGCUCUGCCACCGGAGCUUCAAAGCCAGUAUAUUGAAAAGCAAAAAGCUUUACCAUCAAAAUCAGAGGAGGAUGUAAUCUCAAACGGUGUGGCAGGUGGGAAGAAGUCUGGUAGACACGAUGAUGAAAAAGAAAUAAAGCGCCCAACCAAAGUAGUAGAUGAAAACGAAGAUGACAAUAUAGAGUUUAUAGAACAAAGUUUGCCAAAGAAUUCAUCUAAAGCAGAUGUCAAUAGCUUUGAUGAAAUUACUGACAAUAUUUCCAAUGACCAACAGAGUAAAUUUAGAUCAUCAAAUAGCAUUAGCAAGACACAAGUCAGUAAGCUGAACACAAGCAAGGAGAGCAACAAGAAAGGCAAAAAUUAUAACAAAGAAGCUCCACCAGCUACAUUUAGUAAUAACAAAGAUGAAGUCAUUUUAAGACUUGAAAAUGACGUUAAAAAAUUGAAAGCAGACCUGCAGACUAGUCGAAAUUGUGAACAGGAAUUUAAAACACAGAUAGGGUCUUUUAUGGGUGGUGAAAAAUCCAUGAGAUCUGAACUUUACCAAUUACAGGAAGAUAAUGAAAGUCUUCAAAAUAAACUCCAUAAUCUUGUCACAAGCAGGCAGCAAGACAAACAGAAUAUUAUGUUACUAGAAAAGAAACUCAAUGAGGAAAGGAAAGGCAGGGCAGGAAUAGAAUUACAAUUAAACUCGGAACGGAAAGCUAAGAAGGCCGAGGAGGCAGCAGCAGCACGGGCCGUGGCCAUGGCAGCAGCGGCCAGGGGUGAAUGCACAGAGUCCUGCAAAGCCAGACAGAAAAAUAUUGAAAAUGAUAUUAAACUGCUCAAACAAAACCUCAAAGUUCGAGAAGAACAAUUUCGACAGCUAGAAUUUGAGAAUCAGUCCCUUCAUCAAUAUAAAGAGGCACAGACUGAAACAGACGUGCUGAUGUCUGCUCUGUCAGCCAUGCAGGAUAAAAAUACACAUCUAGAAAACAGCUUGAGUGCAGAAACAAGGAUCAAGCUGGAUUUGUUCUCAGCAUUAGGUGAAGCGAAGAGGCAGAUAGAAAUACUCAAAAAUUUUGUUGCUGAAAAAGAUAAAGAAAUUGCUGACUUGAAGUCAAAGGUGACCGAGGCAAUGGCCAUAAACAUGAUGCCUUCCUCCACGACAGUGAAUGGAUGUGGUAUGGAGACAACAUCAACUUCACCAUUAUACUCAUCAAAUUACAAGAAGGACAACAGCAUGGUUAUCAAAUCCAACCUCAACCCUCACGCCACAGACUACACGCCUAAAACUACUAGUAUCUAAAUAACAGAGCCACUCCUACAGGCAACCUGCAUUUAUGUUCUGGCAGUUAUUUGAACUUUCAAAUUUUUGCAACAAUUAGUUGUGGUUUUUUUUAAAAAGAUAAAUGUGAAACUUAAUAUUCAUCAAAGUAGAUGAAAAUCCUUGUUUACCAAAGUUGUGAUAAUUUGAAAUUUUUAAUAACUUCAUAAUCGAUGGAGGUUUGUUCAUGGACGUUUGGUUGGGCAGUCAAUACUGCCUUAUAUUGACAUUUCACAUUUUAGUCUUUAUAAAGCUGACUGCCUCCCACAUCUUUUAUGUUGUUCCGUUAUUCUGUAUGGUUACUACAGUUACAAUUGUAGCAGUAUUUUGAGAUAAAAUAUACAUUUGUAUGUUUAGUUAUUAAGUAUCUUGAAUCUAUUCAGUUUGUUAAGGGUAUGUGCUAUUUUACCCUAUGAAAAGUACAAUGGCUUAAUGAGGGUUAAGAUACUCUACAGAUGUCACUAUGUUACAUUAUAAAACUGCCAUAUUUAUGUUGAAGAUUUGAGAGAAAUCUGUCUCGUACUUGCAUGAAGGACACAUGCAAAGCCUGUGAGAUUUUGUUUUACCUGUAUUCUUAUCAAAUUAUUUACCAUCAAUUCCAUGAACUGGUUGUAUUUGGCUACUUCAAACUUUUCUUUUAUCAUUUAAAGCAGCAACAUUUUAUAUGGCAUACUUGUGAUUCAGCCUGGGAGGUUUCUCACAUAUCAUUUACUGAAAUGGUAUGCCUUGGCUAGCAAGAUUGUUAUAGAUUUAAAAUGAUCUUUAAGCUAUGGUUCUUAAGUAUUUAUCAUACAAUAUUAUAUAAACUAAAGACUGCCACACUUGAUAUCAUUUACUCUCAUUGCGAAGAUAUAACACAUAAGUUGAAUUGCAAGUUCAGAAAUCCAUCUAUUUCAAUCAACACAGUAGAUCUGUGGAUUGAGCUAAAUUGAAGAUACUCUUGUUGAGAAACUUAGCAAUUUCUAUUUUACUGUUCGAUUCAAUGUUAAAAAAGACUUGCUUGGAUAUUGAAGUAGGCUUGUUGUGUUAAAAUCUAUUACAUAUACCUUGAAUAUGUAUUGAAAUUUAUUACAUACUUUUGAAGCCUUACCUUAGUGAUACAGGCCAUCAGAUAAAGAAUGGUAUCACACACGUGUAUUACAAAAAUCUGUUUAAUGCAAUAAGAACUUAUUAUCUACUGAACAAAUAUCAAAAAGUUUUGGGCAUAUUUUGAUGAUAUCAUGGAAUUUUUUUUUUUUUCAAAAAGCACAAGUUUCUAUUUGACCUUGCUUACUAGUUCAGACGUCCACAUCCAGUUUAUCCAUGGAUGUGUUCAUCUGAACAUCUGAACAAAGUACGCGUGUCGGCCGUGAGGUCAGAUAAUAACUUUUGAUUCUGUUAGGAACUAUUGUUACUAUCAGCUUCCAAUGUUACACCAACCUCUGAAUAUAUUCGGAGCCGCUGUUUUAUUUUCUACUUACCAGUGUUGUUGAUGGCGCAAUGGCCUCAAUUAAUGUCAUUGAUGUGACAGUCUUUUACACAUAUUAAUUUAAAUUUUAAGCUGGGUUUUUCUUCAAAAUAGAAAAAUUAACUGAACAGUACAUUUUUACAUAAACUUUUUAACCCUUCGAACCGGUCUUCAAUCACCAAGUAUCGACCAGUACAUUGUUUUUCUUAGGGUGGGGUGGGGUAAACAAUCUGUUUCAAAAUGUCCUCUUCUAUCAUAUUUCUGAUAAAAUAUCUUGUAUGGUAGAUACAUUUUGAUAUUGUUCUUUAUAUUGUUCAGUAUUUUGUGUUCCUACUACCAGGGUAGUUAGUUCUUUGACAGUUUAUACUGUGAGACAUUUAAAUUGUAUUUUAUUUUUCUAUUUUCAACAAGUUUUUAAACAAUACAGAUUAUUGCGUUUUAAUAGCCACUAAAAGAAACUAGAGCCAUCAUUUCCUACCUUUUUACAUGUGUUAGCUCAAUGUUUUUUUUUAAAGAAAACAAUAAAUUUCAAUCAUAAAACAUUGAAGGCUUUUCACAGAGUAUUACCGGUUACUGCUGAAGUUAAGGUAAUUUUAUUUUUGUUUAUUUUGAAGUCGGACAGAAAAAGGUUUCGGUAAGAAAACUAGUUAUGAAUAGGAAUGAUCUACACCUUUAAAAUGCAUAAAAAUCACCUGUUUGUUGGGUGUUUGGUCUACUCCUGGUCAUAGAAUCACAUCAGUACUAUUAUUUUGCUGCAACUAAUACAUUCAUUCAACCUUCCUGUUUUUGCCAAGGUUUCAGCCUUUCUUCCUGUUUUUGCCAAUGUUUCAUGGUUAAAAUUAUUUUCCACUAACCUUCUUAAUAAUGAAUUGACACAGUUACAACUAAUUUAUCAGGAACAAAACUUCAGCAAUGUAUUUAAAAGACUUGUUUGAUAAUUACAGAACAAAUUGUACUUGUCAUGAUCCCAAGAUGACCAUAUUAUACAGAUUCUAUUUUAGUUAUCAUUAACGCUAACACUAUUAAAUUUCUCUCAAACCUCAAGUUAUUCCCUCUAUAAACAUAUUCUAUAGUGAUUUUUUUUUUAUGGUAAUUCGUCGGAACAAUUAUUUCUUAGGCUACUUUGAAGGCAGGCGUCCGCUCACUUAAAAUGCUUAUUAGGUAUUGUUUUGUAAUCCCAUGGUAUACAUCUGUGGUAUGUUUUUGCUUGAUGUACUAGUUUUUGUGUGUUUACACAUUUAUUGUUAUAGUAACUUGAUGAGAAACAUGAUGGUAAUGACAUUGUCAGUCAUUGUAUUUCUAGGCCUAGAGCCGAUGCAUGACAAGUCUGUAUUGUACGGAAGGCUUUUCAACAGACAUUAGUCUCGUAGAGGGCUGCUUUUUUUGCUGGUAAAGUAAAAAAGGUAAGAAAAGAAAGAUAUUACUAAAAGUGCCCUAUCUUGCUGCCAAGAUUAAAAGCUAGCAAUUUUA